AUGACCUGCCGUGCCCAGAUCUGCCCCCUGCCGUGCCCAGAUCUGCCCCCUGCCGUGCCCAGACCUGCCCCCUGCCGUGCCAUGACCUGCCCCCUGCCGUGCCAUGACCUGCCCCCUGCCGUGCCUAGACCUGCCCCCUGCCGUGCCAUGACCUGCCCCUUGCCGUGCCCAGACCUGCCCCCUGCCGUGCCCAGACCUGCCCCCUGCCGUGCCCAGACCUGCCGUGCCCAGAUCUGCCCCCUGCCGUGCCCAGAUCUGCCCCCUGCCGUGCCCAGACCUGCCCCCUGCCGUGCCCAGACCUGCCCCCUGCCGUGCCUAGACCUGCCCCCUGCAGUGCCUAGACCUGCCCCCUGCCGUGCCCAGACCUGCCCCCUGCCGUGCCCAGACCUGCCCCCUGCCGUGCCCAGAUCUGCCCCCUGCCGUGCCCAGAUCUGCCCCCUGCCGUGCCCAGACCUGCCCCCUGCCCUGCCGUGCCCAGACCUGCCCCCUGCCGUGCCAUGA